UCUGUUCAUUUUGGCAGCAUUCAUUUCUUGUGAUUCUGUUGCAUUUAGAUUUUAGGCGAGGAACCUUUUUCAUUUGCCUGACAUCUCAUCUCUCUCUCUAAUGGCAUCUCUUCUCAAGCUCACCCCAUCUCCCUUGCUCUCCACUUCAAACCCAUGUUCAUUUCCAGCAAAGACUCCGACUUGGCAUCCAAUUCCUCACACCCUUCGCACAAAAGAUCGCCAAAUCGCUCAAAGCAGCAAAUUCAACAGCUUUCUUGAUUUGGAGCCCCAAUCAAAACCGGAGUCUUUGGAUUUCGACAUUCCCUGGUUCAACCAAGCUGAUCGCCCCCAAUUCGAUGUCAUCGUCAUCGGCGCCGGUCCGGCCGGUCUCCGCCUAGCCGAGCAAGUUUCCCGCCGCGGGAUCAAGGUAUGCUGCCUCGACCCUUCCCCUCUUUCCAUGUGGCCAAACAAUUACGGUGUGUGGAUUGAUGAGUUUGAGAGCUUGGGAUUAGAGGAUUGUUUGGAUGCAAAGUGGCCUAUGACUUGUGUUCACAUCGAUGAACGAAAAACCAAGUAUUUGGACCGUGCUUAUGGCAGAGUCAAUAGGAAAGACUUGAAAUUGAGGUUGUUGUCUGAUUGUGCAACACAUGGUGUGAGAUUCCACACGGCUAAGGUUUGGCAGGUGAAUCACGAGGAGUUUGAGUCGUCAGUUUUGUGUGACGAUGGCACUGAAUUGAGGGCUAGUUUGAUUGUCGAUGCUAGUGGUUUUGGUAGUACUUUUACCGAGUAUGACAAGCCGAGGAAUCCCGGGUUUCAGAUUGCUCAUGGCAUCUUGGCUGAGGUUGAUGAACACCCCUUUGAUUUGGACAAGAUGGUGUUGAUGGAUUGGAGGGACUCUCAUCUUGGAAACGAGCCGCAGCUACGCGCUAGCAAUUCAAAACUCCCGACUUUCUUGUAUGCGAUGCCUUUUGAUUCCAAGUUGGUGUUUCUUGAGGAGACGUCGCUGGUGAGCAGGCCGGUGCUGUCGUAUGCAGAGGUGAAGAGUAGGAUGGUGGCGAGGCUGAGGCAGUUGGGGAUACGUGUGAGGGCCGUGAUUGAGGAUGAGAAGUGCUUGAUCCCGAUGGGAGGGCCCCUCCCGCGGAUGCCCCAGAGUGUGAUGGCAAUUGGGGGCAACUCCGGGGUUGUGCAUCCUGCAACUGGCUACACGGUUGCUCAGACAAUGGCGCUCGCCCCUCUGGUUGCGAGGGCCAUUGCUGAGUGCCUCGGCUCCACCAGGAUGAUCCGAGGAACUGCCCUUUAUCAGAGGGCUUGGGAUGGGCUGUGGCCUCUGGAGAGGAGGUGUCAGAGGGAAUUCUACAAUUUUGGGAUGGAGACAUUGUUGAAGCUUGAUUUGAAUGGGACUAGGAGCUUUUUUGAUGCUUUCUUUGAGCUUGAUCCUCACUUGUGGCAUGGUUUUCUUUCCUCAAGACUCUCUCUUGGUGAGCUUGUUACGUUGGGGUUGUCACUCUUUGGACAUGCUUCAGCUCCUACUAAGUUGGACAUGGUCACAAAAUGCCCUGUUCCCAUGGCUAAAAUGGUCGGAAAGUUGGCCCUUGAGGCCAUCUAACUCUUAUGGUUAUACUUGUUUUUUGUUUUUGAAUUAAUACAAAUGUUUUGUGAUAUAUGCUUGCAAGAAAGUCAGAAUUUUGUUGUGUGAAAUUUACAAUUUGUUUUGUUCUA